CCAAUCCCGCGACUGCAAUGAGCCUCUUCCUCCUGGGGCACCCCCGCGCCUGCUCCCCUCAUGCAACUGUGCCUCGGGGCUGCAGGCUCGGGCGUCGGCAGCACGGGGGAGGGGGAAGGCGGCGCCCUCCCUAAAAGGCUGUGGCUGUCCAUCAGGCUGCGGAGGCGGAGCCAGAAGCUGCGGCUCCGCCCCCUGCCCUCCCCGGUAGCAGGUUUGAGCACAGUUCAAUUGAGCAACUUCCCCCCCCCCCCUCCCCAGCCAUGGAGGUGGGGGCCGGGGGCAGGCUAAAGCCGCUGCCCAUAAGUUUGGCUGCUCGUGUGCGCUGCUGAGUGGCUUGUUUCCAUGGGCUUCUCCGGGGGAAGGAUUUGUUAGCAGGAAAAGAAAGGGGGGAAGCCCCCAGAGCCCAGCUGCACCCGCCAAAGUGACCCCCCCCAGCCAGGGGGGGACACUGCCCUGCAGGGCCGACAAUGACCAGCCUCGGCUUUGAUGACACUUCUCUGGACAGCCUGGACCCUUCCUUGACUCUCCAGGAAUCCAGCGAGAUCGCCACAGCCCUGCUGAGCGACAUCGAUGACAUGCCACUGAUCAACACCCAGGACAGAGUUUCCGGGCCUGUUGACUCUCCGUACGGCGAACCUGCUGCCCCGAUGCCGAGGCCCAGCCAUGCCUGUGGGGCUGCCGUCAACCCAGGUCUCUCGACGGCUAAUGGGCCCAGCCAGGCGCCCCCCUCCACUCCGGAGACAUGUACCAGGUGCCUGCCACUGCAGAGCAUCUCACCGCAGCCCAGUGAGGGCCGGCCAGGCCUGACGGUGGCUCCUUCGCCAGUGUCGGACAUCAAGGAGGAGCCUGGCGCGUCUGCCAGCCAGCCCCGGCCUCCGCCCCAGCCGCAGCAGGGGGUGAUGAGCCAGAGCUUCGUCCGGCUUCCCAAGGCCAGUCAUACAGCACAGCCCUUGCUGGGCUACCAGAAUCAGCACGGCUUCACUGCAGUGCAGCCUGGAGGGGCUGCCCAGUCCCCAGCCAGCCUCCCUCACUCCUCUCCACAGAUCCAGCCCGUCACCCUUCAGGCUCACGUCCAGAACAUCUCGCCCCAGCAGCUGUGGCCGCGGCCACCCGGCACCUCCCAAGCUGUCUCCUCCCAGAUCCAGCAAGUCCCGUUCCUGCUGCAGCCCCACUUCUUCAAGGCCGAGUCUCUGUUCCUGACAGCUGUGAAGACGGACGUCUCUGGGGCAAAGACCUCCAGCCACACUUCGCUGGCCACCACGGCAGCCGUCCAGUCUGCCCCGCUGCAGGUCCCAACCCUGGUGAGUGGAGGCACCAUCCUGGCUACGGUGCCGCUGAUGGUGGAUGCCGACAAGCUGCCCAUUAACCGGCUGGUGACUAGCGGGAAGCCAGCCUUGGUGCAGAACAAAGGCGAGAAGCGCACCGCACACAACGCCAUCGAGAAGCGCUACCGCUCCUCCAUCAAGAGGAUCAUGGAGCUGAAGGAUCUGGUGGUGGGCUCGGAGGCCAAGAUGAACAAGUCGGCCAUUCUGAGGAAGGCGAUCGACUACAUCCGCUUCCUGCGGCAGAGCAACCAGAAACUGAAGCAGGAGAACGUGGCCCUCAGGAUGGCCGCCCAGAAGAACAAGUCCCUGAAGGACCUGGUGGCCACGUGCCACAGGAAGCCGGAGGUGCCCAUGGAGGAGAUCAAGCCAGAGAUGAUGGACAUGCUGACGCCCCCGCCCUCGGAUGUGGGCUCCCCCUCCCAGCAGCCCCUCUCGCUGAGCAGCGGGAGCAGCAGCGACUCGGAGCCCGACAGCCCGCUGUUCGAGGAGACCAAGGGGGACUUUGCUCAGGCCUCCCAGCACCUGUGGACGGGCCUGAAGGCCCUGGGCCGCCCACUCCCCACUUCCAACUUCGACCUGGCCUGCAGCCUCAUGUGGAACCUCAUCCGCCACCUGCUGCAGCGUCUCUGGGUGGGGCGCUGGCUGGCCGGGCGGGCGGGCGGCUUCCGGCGAGACAGCGAGCUGAAGGCUGACGUGCGCAAGAGCGCCCGCGAUGCCGCCCUGGUCUACCACAAGUUGCACCAGCUGCACAUGACAGGGAAGCACGUUGGGGGCCAUCUCUCCGGCAUCAACAUGGCACUGAGUGCCGUCAACCUGGCCGAGUGUGCCAGCGACGCUGUCUCUGUGGCGACGCUGGCCGAGAUCUAUGUGGCCGCGGCGCUUCGUGUGAAGACUAGCCUUCACCGGCGUGUCCACUUCCUGGCGCGCCCCUUCCUGUGCAGCGCCCGGCAGGUGUCCCUGUCGCACAGUGGCACCGUGCCCCCGGCCAUGCAGUGGCUCUGCCAUCCUGUGGGCCACCGCUUCUUCGUUGAUGGAGACUGGUCUCUGAAGGGCACCCCGAGGGACAGUAUCUACAGCUCCACCAGCAACCUAGUGGACCCCCUGGCUCAGGUGGCCCAGCUGUUCCGUGAGCACCUGCUGGAGAAGGCCCUGUGCUGUGUAGCCAUGCCGGACCCCAAGCCGCCAACGGCCCACAGAGAAGGGGAGUUCUCCGAUGCCCUGGAGUACUUGCAGCUGCUGAACGGCUGCUCAGACACCGCCAGCACUCCCAGCUGCACCCUCUCCAUCACCUCCAGCAUGGCGGCCAGCACAGGCAGUGACCCCGUUGCCAAGUGGUGGGCAUCCAUCGUCGCCGUGGCGAUUCACUGGCUGCAGGGGGACGAUGAGGCGGCCGAACGGCUGUACCCGCUGGUGGAGACCAUGCCGAGGGCCCUGCAGGUGUCAGAGAAGACCCUUCCCAGGGCUGCGCUGCACUCCUUUAAGGCUGUGCGGGCCCUGCUGGGGAAGCAGGACAGCAGCCAGGCCAGCCUGGGCCAGUGCGAGAAAGCCAGUGGCUAUCUGCGGGACAGCCUGGGUCUCAGCUCGCCUACCACUGGCACCCUUGACAAGGCGGUUCAGCUCCUCCUGUGCGAUCUGCUCCUGGUGACCCGCACCAACUUGUGGCAGCAGCAGAUGAACAUGAGCCAGCACCUGAGCUGUGUCUACCAGGCCUCGGCCCUCGAGCUGCGGGGCUUCCAGCAGGACCUGAGCAGCCUGCGGCGCCUGGCCCAGGCCUUCCGGCCAGCCAUGCGCCGGGUGUUCCUGCAUGAAGCCACUGCCAGGCUGAUGGCCAGAGCCAGCCCCACCAGGACCCACCAGCUGCUGGACCGCAGCCUGCGCAGGAGAGGGGCUCAGAGCAGCAAAGAAGCCGGAGAGCCGGAGAGCCACCCCACGCCACGGGAGCACGCUGAGGCCCUGCUGCUGGCUUGCUGCUAUCUCCCGCCCAGCUUCCUCUCUGCGCCAGGCCAGCGCGUGGGCAUGCUGGCCGAGGCCGCCCGCACCCUGGAGAAGCUGGGCGACAAACGGACGCUCCAUGACUGCCAGCAGAUGAUCAUCAAACUGGGCAGCAGCACCACGGUCACCACCGGAUAGCGCUGUGGCCAGAAAGCCAUGGACCGUGGGGGUGGGGAGGCCACUGCUCCGAUGGGAUUGAUCCCAUAAUAACUGGCCCAGCCUGAGCUGCUCCAUCAGAGCUGCUGUGCUCUGUCGUGGACUAUGUGUCUCCUUGCUUAAUUGGCAGGAGUGUGUGUCAGUACUGCUGGGAGGGGCUGGGAGCCAGGACUCCUGGGUUCUGUUCCUGACUCUCUUCUCUGACUCUGGGCAAAUCACCCUUACGUGCCUCAGUUUCCCCACCGCUGUAAUACACUUCCCUACCUCAGGGGGGUGCUGGCUGCCAAGUGGUGACACUGUGGAUGAGGGGCUGCCUGGGAGCAGAGACGCUGUCACGGCGGGAGGGAGGGGCGGGUGCUCUGAGGGGGCUUCGUUGGUACGGUUUGACAGGCCGUGGGUGCCGAGGGCUGGGCCCAAAGAGCCUCCAGCCCCUCCCCUGUGCUAGAGCCUGGAGUCCCAGCGGAUCUCCUGCCCCCCCCCCCCUCCAACAUGGCCCCUCACCCUGCCCCUGGUCUCCCUGCGAUGCUGGGGGGUGGGCACUGGGGUCCUCUAGUGGCACCUUCUCAGUAUUGCAGCAUUGGUCCAUUUCUCCAGCCCUUCUCCCUCCCCUCCGGGCAAAGCGUUCUAAGCUGCUGCCCCUGCCUCUCCCCCACCCCCCGCCCUAGAGGUCCCUGGGGGAAGGCUUCUGACUCCCUCCGGCAGCAGCUGGCAAUGCCUGCCCCGGUCGUGCACAGUGCUGGUGCUGGGCGUCCACUGCGGGGGCUGCAGGGAAAGAGAAGAGGGCAGGGCUGAGGUGGGGGGUGGUCCUGGCAGCGGUGCCUGCCCGGAGCCUGUGGGUGGCCAUGUCCCAGGGCUCACUGCGUUGUCCCCCGCCCUGCCCUGGCACCUUCGCCUGCGUUUCCUUUUUAAAGGUCAUUUUCAUAGUUGGAGAGUUUUGUACAGACAAUUAAAGCUGCUUAUUUAUA